AUGGAGUACUCCAUACUGCCUCCAUACGCAUUUUCAUUAGCUUGUUACUUCGUAGUCUGGGUCUUCUGUGACCGAAGCGCGACGGGGCACCAGGUGUCCGUGAUGGAGUCGGGCGAGCUUGGCUUUCUCUCUCUUUCAACCGCACUGUUUCUCGCGCGGACAGCCGAAUCGGGCACUCGCGCAGGCUUCAAAUUUCCAGACGACGUUCAACCCGCUCGACUCCUGGGCCGGCUAGCAAAAAAACUCGCCAAAACACUCCAUUUUGCUCCAUCGUCGCGGUGGGGCCCCGACCGAGCGAGCGACCGCCUCCUCCUCAGUCUUCGGCCGCGGUGGAUCCCCCAUGUUUCGCCGGCGGCGGCGGCGGGCGGCAGGCGGGCGGGACGCAAGCUAGGUUGA